AGGUGAAGUUAUAUUACAGAGUUCUAUAGAUGUUAGAGCUAAUAAUCUUCAACUGUCAUUUGGUUGUUCUAUCAAAUUAACCAUAUUAUCACCAAUUUUUUACAAGAAUAAUAUUUGUGAA